CUAUGGCCCGCAUCAUCGACCUGGUGCCCUGGGACGAUGGCUCCACACAUGUGUAUGCCUCCCCGGCCAUCCUGCUUCCUGUGGAGCGGCGGCGCAACCAGCUGGCGGGCGUGAAGCAGCAGCUCUACCACCCAGCCCUGCCCACCCUGCGCCACAUGGACAGGGACACCGUCAAGGCCUGCCUUCCUGAUGAGCACUGCCAGUCCACCACGUACUACCACAAAGAUGAGUUUGACAACGCCCAUUUUACACUCCUUGGGGUCCCCAACAAACCCCUGCAGUGUUUGGACAUCACCGCGACAGGCCAGAAGCUCCGCAACAGGUACCACGAGGGAAAGCUGGCGCCCAUCGCGCCGGGCAUCAACCGAGUGGACUGGCCCUGCUUCACGCGCGCCAUCGAGGACUGGUCCCACUUCGUGUCCUCGGCCGGGGAGUUCAAGCUGCCUUGCCUGAGCAAGCGAGUGGAGGGUCUCAGCAGCUACGCGGUGAGGUACUUGAAGCCGGACGUGACCCAGAGCUGGCGGCAGGAAGCCCUGUGUGGGGCGUGGGCAGGGCAUCCGUGCUCCUCCGACUCACCGCGCCCCUAUCCCUGCUGCCCGCCUCAGUACUGCCUCAACCAGAACCCCAGCCUGGACCGCUACGGACAGAAGCCCCUGCCUUUCGACUCCCUGAACACUUUCCGAAGCUUCGGCUCCAGCUACAGUCGUGUCAACUAUCUGACCCCCUGGCAUUAAUCUCUGGAAAGGAGGCUGACUCCCAGGCUGCCAGACGGUGCCACCUCAGGUCCCCUGGCCAGACCGAGGACUUAUGGUGGCACCAGCCAUCUCCCCAGGAGUUCAGCCUAACUAGAAAUAAACCUAAUACUUCCUUAGAGAGACAUGCAAUUGUCUGUGUGUGUGUGUGUGUGUGUGUGUGUGUGUGUGUGUCUUGCAGAGGCUGGGAGAGGUUCAGGACCACAGGAUGACAGUAUCUUACCCUUGCCUGUCCCCAGCCAACUCCUGAAGAACUGGUGGGGGGUUAGAGAAAAAUGUUUGGUGACCUGGUUAGAGAGUCAGGGUGUAAGCCAGAAUUAAGGUCCAAGAGCAAGAGAUGUGUUCCUGCUCCUUGCCGGCAGCCCCACACCCAAACCCCCUCCAUUUCAGAUCCUGAAUUUAAGCCCUAAAGAGAAAGGGAGGAGGUUAGAAAGCUAUUUUUAGGUGCCUUUUUGAAGCUCUUGCCAUACCGGUGUGCUCUGGGGGGUUUCCCUGUGCCCAGGGUCGCCCUGAAGGUGUGGGAGCAGGCUGGGGCAAGGGGAGCUGGCCAGGCCUAUGGUCUUGAUUCUUGUGAUGCAACAGAAUGUGGAGUCUAAACUUGCCUGAGAUGCAUGAAGCCACUCAGAGAAGAAAGUUCCCCGCUCUCCAAAGCACCACCAAUAAACAUGUCAUCUAAGCAAAAAGUCAUCUGCUCUAUCCAUGAGGCUUCAGAAAUAGCCCUUGUCUACCCACCAACCAUCCAUUCCAAGCUGCUCCUGUGAAAAGAAGGCAUGAUGUCCCAGGGACAGUGUGGGGACUCCUGGCCCAGGUCUGGAAUAACGCUAUCCAGGGGGCUAAGACAGAGCAUCUCCAGCAAUGGUAAGGGGGUGUAUUAGUCUGUUUUCAUGCAGCUGAUAAAGACACACCCAAGACUGGGAAGAGAAAGAG